AGGUGUCACUUCUCUUGUUUGUACUUUGCUGUUAUUUCCUGAUCAACAUUUUGUUGCCUGACAGCGAAAGACUUGCACUGACGGAGUUGAUGAUGUCUUUGUUUUUGAUUUUGGCUCUUCUGAUCAUCAAUAAUGAACCAGGAAUCGAUGCUUUCACUUCAGUUUUCGUGCGGAAGGGUGGCGAUGGUUUUCUUAACGUCUCUGAAGCGGCUGUUCCCAAAGACUAUCACCUCCUUUUAUGGAAAUUUGUCACAGAUGAUGUGCUGGUGUCUUUCUUUCCAAGUGGAAAAUCAAGCGUCCGCGGGGCUUAUGUUGGGAGAAUCGACCUUUUGGAACAAAAAUACUCCAUAAAAUUAAAAAACCUCCAAAAAUCUGACAGUGGACUUUAUACGGCGAUAGUAACAGCGUCUUCAGAGGAAGUACUAGCUGAAUACAACGUCACAGUUCAAGAUCCGGUGGGUCGGGUCGAUCUGACCGUUUUCGUGUCCAGCGACUCAUCCUCCUGUAACCUCACGGCGACCUGCACAGCCGACGGCGCCGACAUCAGCAGCACGUUCGGCUGUGCCGCCAAAACCUGCCCUCAAGAGGGGGGAGAGGGAUCAAAGGUCACCAAGUCUGGUGCUUCCCUCCAUCUCUCUUUGUCCGGUUCAUCCAUCGUCUGUAACCAUAGCAACCAGGUCAGCUGGACGGAGAAAACAACAGAGAUUGAUCACCUUUGUCUGAAGAAUGCCGAUGAAGAUGACCUCCAUGGAUUUUCCAUUUGUCACGUGAAGAAAAUCGUUUUCUCAGUGAGUCUCAUCAUCAUGGUGUUGGUCGUCAUCACAGUUCACCUCAUGGAGAAAUUCAACAAAUACAAAUAACCGCUUUCCUACUUAGUAAAAACAAAGAUUUUUAAGUUUUCUGAUUUUUUAAAAAUUUAAUUACUUGUGAAUUAAACAUUUUAAUAUAUUAUUCCUUCUCGACAACAAUUAUGACACAACUGCUUGGUAUUCCUUUCUUUUUCCGCUUGCCUGAUAUCACUGUUAUGAUUUAUUUGGUACAUGUUGAUAAAUUUAUUUAAGUUUUUUAUUUAUAUGGUGAAAUUUCACAAUAAAUGUCAUCUCAAUGAA